AGGUCGUCUUCUUCUUUUUGUCGAUUCUAGGUCUUCCUCUUCGCUCUCUGUACUUCCUCCUCUCAGAAUUAGAAACCCUCAUGGAUUCGCAUACCAACGACCCUAACCUCGACGGCGAAGCUCACGACAUUAACGGGCCAGACCACCGGCACGAGCCGGCGGAGGAUGACGACUACAGCAGGUCCCAGCCUCACACUGGCGACGGCGCCAGUCCCGGGAAAAUCUUUAUAGGGGGUCUGGCAAGAGAGACUACCACAGCGCAAUUUAUAAAGCAUUUUGGUGCGUACGGUGAGAUUAUAGAUUCGGUGAUAAUGAAGGACCGGAAGACGGGCCAACCCCGUGGUUUCGGGUUUGUGACGUACGCAGACCCUUCUGUGGUUGAUAAAGUCAUUGAGGAUGCUCAUGUUAUCAAUGGCAAACAAGUCGAAAUCAAGCGAACAAUACCCCGGGGAGCAAUGGGUUCUAAGGAUUUCAAGACCAAGAAGAUUUUUGUGGGUGGAAUUCCAACAACUGUAAAUGAAGAGGAGUUUAGCGACUUCUUUUCACAGUACGGAGAGGUCAAGGAACAUCAGAUUAUGCGGGACCACUCCACUGGUCGCUCCCGUGGAUUUGGAUUUGUUACCUUUGACACAGAGCAAGCAGUGGAUGAACUCUUGGACAAGGGGAACAAGCUUGAGUUUGCUGGAGCUCAGGUAGAGAUAAAAAAGGCUGAGCCAAAGAAGCCAAACCAACCUGCACCACCAUCAAAACGUUAUAAUGAUUCUAGACCUGCAUAUGGUGGUGGGUAUGGAGAAAGCUAUGGUGGAUUUGGAGGUAGCAGUUAUGGUGGUGCUGGUGGUUAUAGGUCAGCUGCUGCUUAUGGUGGUAGAGGCAGUGCUUAUGGAGGAUAUGGUGGCAGUGAAUUUGGCGGAUAUGGAGUAUAUGGUGGCGGCGGUGGUAUAGGGGCUUAUAGGGGAGAAUCUUCCAUAGGAUAUUCAGGCCGUUAUGGAGGAGCCUAUAGCAGGGGUUACGAUAUGGGAGGUGGUUAUGGUGGAGCUGGUGAGAGUUAUGGGGGAUAUGGAGGUGCUGGCGGGGCAGCUGCUGGUGGUGGUGGUUAUGGGAGUGGCUAUGAUGCAGGUUUUGGAGGUGGUUAUGGGGGGGGCUAUGGAGGUGGUAGUGGAGCUUCCUUUUACGGUAGUCGAGGAGGGGGAUAUGGCGGUGCAGGUAGUGGCCGAUAUCAUCCAUAUGGGAGGUAGAAGGGUCUGUUGUAUUUUAGGAUGAAAGAAGUC